UAUUACUGAAGAACAGCCAUUUUUUGAUAGCAACAAAAGCCAUGAGCACCACUACGCAUUUCCUCUCUCCAUUCAUUUCCCAACCUCUCAAAACCCCUAAAACCCUAACCCUAAUUUUCCAUACCAAAAGGUCCCAAUUUCAUAAUCCCCAAAUUAUUCCUAAAAUAAUGCAAGCCCAGAAUAAACCCGCUCGUAGAAACCCUAGAAAAUCGUCAUAUGGAAGCUCUAGGAGGUCAGUUUUGAAGAAAUCAUUUACCCAGGAGCAGGUGGUGUUUACAGCUCCAGUUUCUGAUGAUCCAGAAGUUGGGAUUAUUGGCGGAGGAAUGGCGGGUCUUAUUUGUGCUUUAUACUUGGAAAAAAGAGGGAUUCGUUCCACUGUUUUCGACACGGGAAUGCAUGGUUUGGGUGGUAGGAUGGGAACAAGAUUUAUUGAACCCCAGCAUUUUGUUUUCGACCAUGCUGCUCAGUUCUUUACUGUCAGCGAUUUGCGAUUUUCUGAGUUGGUCAAUGGAUGGAUAGAAAAAGGGCUGGUGAAGCAGUGGCGCGGGACAGUUGGUGAAAUUGGACCAGGAGGUCAGUUUUCUGAACUGCCAGCUUCUCCUCCACGUUAUAUAGGUGUCAACGGGAUGCGUUCAUUUGCUGACUCUCUAUUGUCUGAGACAAAAAUUGUUGAAGUCGUUAGGCCUUGCUGGAUCAGUACACUGGAGCCAUUUAAUGGGAUGUGGCAUUUGAGUGAAAAUGGAAAGCCACGCGGAAAAUUUGACUCGAUAGUUAUUGCACACAAUGGAAAAUGUGCAAAUCGAUUGCUUGCUUCUUCGGGCUUGCCGCUUAUUGCCAAACAAAUGAAGAGACUAGAAUUGAGUUCUAUAUGGGCCCUGCUUGCAGCAUUUGAAGAUCCUCUUCCUUUAACAUUUCCCUUUGAAGGUGCUUUUGUUAAAGGAUUUGAUGCUCUAUCUUGGAUGGCUAACAAUAGUGCAAAACUAUCAUGUACCCAAAGUGGUGCUCAUUGCUGGACCUUCUUCAGUACAGCAGCUUUCGGGAAGCAGAACAAGGUUCCACAGGAAAACAUUCCCAGUGCCACAGCGGUGAAGGUAACAAAACUGAUGCUGGAGGCAGUAGAGAAUGCAUUAGGGCUGUCAAAAGGGUCACUGAAGAAACCUAUUUAUAGCAGGGUGCAACUAUGGGGUGCAGCUCUUCCUACUAAUACUCCAGGCACACCAUGCAUCUUUGAUCCUCAGGGAAGAGCAGGUAUCUGCGGUGAUUGGCUUCUGGGUUCAAGUCUAGAGAGUGCUGCUCUCAGUGGGAUGUCAAUGGCUAAUCAUAUUGCAGACUAUCUUCAAAGUGGGGGAACAAAUGCAGAGGACUAUGCUAUCGGCUUGCAGAGUGAAUUCCAACAGAUACCAGGACAUGACAUUGGCCAGUUUCCUGGAUCGGAUCCUAAUGAACUGGUGGUUGGAGAACUUGUACAAAGAUAAGUUGGUAAACUUGUCCAAACGGCAAACAGAUUAAUUUGAUAUAUUGCAAUAAUUCUCAAACUAUCUGAAGCAUGGACUCAGGACUCAUUUCAAAUGGUGCAUUAGGGUGUUAUUACCAUCUCUACCUCAAGAAGAAAAGAUGCAUGCUUUGUUAAAAUUCUAGCCAUUGGAAAGUUUGAGAUGUUAAUUUGAUGAGUUCCAAAACUCUGAUGUAAAAUUUUAUAAUUUUGGUAUGCAAUUUAUUCAAAUACUUUUAUUUGUUAAUUUGAUUGAUUGUCAAAAGUUGAAAAUGAUA